CUGGAAUACUAUAAAUUUGUCACCUUUCCCGCAUUCCUUUCAUUCCACACAAACAUCCAAAUUCACAUUUGGAAUAUUUGAUAAAUAGAAAUCCCACUUCAAAAUCUCCUAAUUUAAUUUCAGGAUGAAAUCUCCCGGCGUGUUCUUGGUCUCUUUGAUGACAGCUUUGGUUACUUUCUCCCUUCUUUUGGGUUGCUCAGAAGGUCGUCCCCUUGAUAUUAUGAAGGUCCAUGGCGCCUCCACCGCCGUCUUGGGUGGCGGAGGAAAUGCAUGGGAUUUGGCCUGGUUGACUCUGGGUGCCGUCAAGGGUGGAGGGCCUAGUCCCGGCGGCGCAGGCCAUAGGUUUUUCACGGACGGAGGAGUCAAGGACUCCGGCCCCAGUCCCGGCGGCGCAGGCCAUAGGUUUUUUACGGACGGUGGAAUCAAGAACUCUGGUCCCAGUCCCGGCGAUGGACACCGGGUUGUCGCCGGUAACCGUCAGUGAGCAAUGAAUUAAACCCGCCGUUAUAUAGAAGUACAAUAUUUUUUAAUUCAAAUUUGUAUGUACACAUCAUUACUUCGUUCUUUAUUCUUGUUUCUCGAUUAUUUGUACCAUGGGUUUCAGCGAAUCCAAAUCGCUAAUGGUUAAGUGAUUAGACUCUCACAACUGAGUGAUUUAUUCAUGCAAUUUUGGUAUAAUAAAUAAAUAAAGGUCAUUGCUCCGGAUAGCUUAUUGGAAGUGGCUGAUAUUCUUAUUAAUUUGCUUACGUGCC